ACCCUGCUGACAUUCUCUGCGAGUUGGAAAAAAUCCCAUCAGUUAUGGAGACUCUUGAGAAAAUGUUAGAAAACGUGAACGCGGUGCACUCAACUUGGUUUGAACAGGCGUUCCAGCUAGCAACCAAGAUCGCUCCUGAACAAGUUUACUUCUCAGGAGAAGUCAACAAUUACGAUUCACCAGAGAUUUACUACAGAGAAAAUCUCACCAUUCCCCUCCUCCAAAACCUUAUUGACGAGAUGAAAUAUUGCUUCUCCGACAGCCAUUUAAAGGCCCUGUCAGUCCUGUCAUUGUUGCCAUCAUGCAAUCCACAGCCAGUGCUGUCAGAAUCCACGGACAAGCCUUUCAGCUUCUUUCUUACAGAUCUUCCUGAGCUCGAGUCAGCUGAGCAGGAAUUCAACACCUGGGCCUCUGUCUGGAGAGAGAAAUACCAGGAUGUUGCACCUCCAACAUCUGUCACAGAAGCACUUGUCCAUCCUGAGUCCAAGAGUCAUCCAACCGUUACAUUGUUGCUUCGGCUAGUUGCUGUCCUGCCCAGUGUCAGCAUGGAGUGUGAUCUGAUGAAGACCACCCUGAACUCUAUAAGGGAUCUUUUUAAAAACGCUGUAUGCAGAGGCAGCAAGACGAACCACGUGAUGCUCCUCUCUCACUGCACAACACUACAAAGGCUGCCAGAGGUUAUUGAGCAAUGCAUGGAGGUUGAUCCAGAAAGCACGUCGUGUCUAUCCCAGGUAACGGGAGCUCUGCAAAGACUGAAGUUGGGCAGAGUAGAUAAUGAAGCAAAACCAUCAGAACUGCACAGUACCGGUGACUCAGUCAGACCUGCAGAUGGCCAGGUGAAGCCAGCUGCAAAGGAAACGACACAAGAGAUUGUUCCAGGACCGAGAAGGAUAGUCUCGUUUUAUGACCCACAGCUACGUGAACAAAUCCUUAAGGAACUGUGGGACUCUCAGUUCUUCACAGUUAUAUUUGACCAAACAGUUGAAAUUAACGGUGAGCUCUAUGUCCCAUUGUGCAUCAGGUACUUAAACAAAGAGGAUAUUCAGUGUGAGGAAACUCUGGCUUUCAUCCCUUUCACUGAAGACUCGGUCGUCCUCACUGAGGCGAUAGAAACGGCUCUAUCUGAGAAGUGGGGGCUCAACAUGGAGUACUGCAGAGGUCAGGCUUUGCUGAGUGUCGGUGAGGUAGGAGCUUACAUGAGGCUUGUAAGUUUAGCCAUAGCUAUAAAAUACCCACAUGCCGUUAGAAGCAUCAGUUCUGCUUUGUCACUUAAUGUGUGGUUGGCUAAAUCGUCUCCUGUUGCCGAGGCAGCUGAGGGAGCAGUCCUUAUAGGGAAACUGUUACACUGGCUCACGGACGAUGCAGAACGCCAGAACAAACUUGAAAACGAGAUCAUUUAUGUUUUCAAGCAAGAAGAAGGGCAGGGCAAUGAGGUGAGUGACAAGCUUGUAAAGAACUGGGAGAAGAGUCACGACAUGCAUGAGCUUAUGAUGGAGAUUAUAGAAGCAGUCGUGCUCUGCUUGGAUAAGCUGAAAGGAGAAGGAAGUACUUCAGACCAGCAGCAAGCGUCGUACUUCUUUGAUUCAAUCAGAAACUUGGAGUUUAUCUUUUCAACUGUGGUACAGAAGAACGUCUUGAGUGUAACUAAAAGGCUAAGUCAGUCUCUUCAGGGCAAACCCUUGGACAUGUUGCUCUCUGUGAACACCUUGCCCGAUGUCAAAGCGUCACUCCGUAAACUCCAGACCGAUAUCGACGGCUGUCACAAGUCCUGGUUUGAGGAAGCUGUGGCCAUAGCGUCCAAACUCCAUGUUCCAAUGUUGCAUCCAGUGCUUCUAGAGCCAAUGAGCGAGUUUUACAAAGAGUCUGUUAGCACAAGGGUUGUGGAGCACUCAAUAGCAGAAAUUGACGACCUGUUCACAGAAAAGGUAUUGGAUACCUUGAGAUGUCUGGAGAUUGUGCCUUAUGCAAUGUCCAAAGUAGAAACCAGCAUUCUUAGUGGUCUUGUGUUCCGUUUGUACAAGGAGGACUUGCCAGAUCAGUCCUCCCUCCACUCUGAGAUGAAGGCAUGGAAGGAGAAAUGGUUGGAUUCUAUGGUAGGUUAUCUUCCAAGCACUGUGCUCGAUGCGCUCAAAACAUCACAGAUUAGAAGUUUCGUUAACAUUGAAACUCUCCUUAGACUUCAGGUCAUCUUGCCUUUUUCAAGGCGAGAGAGCAACUUCAGGCAGGGAAAAAGAAGCUUGCAGGAAUUCAUUCAGCAAGAGAAGAGGUCCCUCACUGAGCUCCAUCCUCUGUAGAAGCUGCAGAACUUUCUGUAGCACAUUUAAAAAGUCGGUUUGCCAGUUAGUGGAUGACAGCUUCAACUUAUUGAAGGACUGAUGAGUUCUGU